GCGGAGUUUACAUGAAGAGCGCAGCUGUUUUGGGUUCUUCACCUUGGAUUUACGUCUCAGAUGGCACAAUUUACGAUGGCCAUCACCUUGACAGCCUGAUAUUACAUUUGGUUUUAGUCUCUUUCAGUUUAAUCUUUCAGCAACUAGCUCGUUUUGUUCAUUUUCGGCAGGUCUUUCGUCCCUUUUCGUGUGUUGAGGGAGAGGAUGGUUUUGUCAACAUCACAACAAGUCGCCCUGGCGUUUACGGUCGUGCUAUUCACGUUUGUUGUCUUGCCGAGAUUGUUCGGUGUUGGUGGCGGAACAGCGGCGAAGGAAUCUAAAUUUGACCUUCGUUACAACAGAAAAGGUCCGGGCCCUGGUGCAGUGAGAGGUCAGCCCAUCAAUGUGAACUCCCCUGGCUCGCAUCAGACCCCUGAGAACAUCCAGCAAAUGAAGAAACGUUUGGAGCAGGAACUGAAGAGUGACAAGUACAAAUCUAACAACAACAAGGGCUACGUGUUCACGCUGAUGCCCCUCUACGCCAUCGGAGUGGGAGUGUUUGCAGCCUAUAAGUUCUUGAAGAUCAAGUCUUCAGAUGACAAAGCACAAAAGGAUAAAUUUGCAAAAGGGGCCAUAAAAUCUGUAGAGGCAGGUGUGUGCUCCAAGAACCAGUUGAAUGAGUUGGAACAAAGACUGGCGCAAACUGAACGGAUGCUCAACUCCAUCCUCACACAGCUGGACCCACUCACCAACUGUGUGAAGUCGGUGGCCCAGGAGCAAAAGAAUGAGAUAAUGUCUCAACUCCAGACCAUCCGGUACCUGAUGAAAAAAAGAGGAAUGGACUGUCCACCUCUGAAUGUCAACGAUGCUUCUUAUGAACAUAAUCUAGAUGACCUCAUUCAGUCCCUCGGGGCCAGCAACACCACAGCUGCAGUGGACAAGCAGCCCUCUGAAGAGACAGCGGAAGCUGCUGAAACAGAUUCUGAAAAGCAUUCAGAUGAUGAAAAUGAUGCCACAACAGAAGGUGAAAAGGGGAAGGAGCUCAGACCAGAGGAAACAGAUGGAGAAGCGGCAGCAGGAGGAGAGGAUGUGGAGGCAGAGGAGGAGGAAGAUGGGUUGGAGUUCAUGGAAGACUCAUGCAAGAGAAACAUUGAGGAAAUCGGAGCAGAGCAACCAGCGACCAGUCUCAGGCGGCGCAACAGGCCUGAAUGAACUCACUGCAGGACUUCCCAAUAGUACAGAAAUGUGAUAGAUUAUUAUAAAUAUUUAUUAUCUGAAAUGCUUCCAUGUCAUUAGAAAAAAAAAUAAUUAGAAGAAAGUUUGACAGUAAACACAAAGGGCUCUGUUUUUGUGUUCCUGUAACAAAGACUUGCAUGAGCUGCUAGUGGAGAUGCACAAGCUUAAUGAAGGCACGAUGAGACGCUUCACACACAUUUACUUAGUGCUGUUUGUAGAAAAAUGUAAUUUUAAAUAAAGGGGAAAAGUUAGGUUUGUGGAAGCGUACUAAUAGGUGACAGUGAAAACAUAUGCGCCACCACAAGCUUCCAGAUUUCCUUCAAUUAUAGAUCGCCAAAUCAUCAGUCAUACUAAAGAACUUAAAGCCGGGGCUAUAGACUAUUCCCUUUUAUAGGCACUUGGUGAUAGUGGGAAUAACUUUCAGCUGGUAAAGAGUUCUAACAAACACAGUCAGCAGCGGUCUGCUUUUAUUGAUGUUUUACUUGACCUUUAUGAUAUUCAAUUUUCUUGUGCAAACAUUUGAACAUCAGCCCCUUUUUCUGGUCGCAAAAGUCUGAGCUGGACUAACUGGUUGCUAAUAGUCCCACUGUGGCUUGCUACAGUCUUUGUGUGGGCAUGAAAAUAGAGCCAACAGCACUAAGUUCUUAACUAAUUUUAUUUGUCAUUUAACACACUAACAUUCACUUUUUACAGCUUUAUUCUUUUAUGAUUCAGUAAUUUUGCACCUGCUUGAAUUCAGAAACCAAACAUUUGAAGCGCCUAAAAUGCAGGAGGUUGCUUCCAUGUCUUUAUGUUUUGGCUUUCGAGCAUCUCUUGAUGGUAGGAAUUCAAACACAAAUUGGCUAUGAUGGGUAAAAUAAAAAAGAAGACUGGGCUGUUGUUGCAUUUUAACCAUUUUAACCCGUCUGUACCAUUAUGUGCUGCCACCUACAGGCUACUUUUGGAAUGGCAAGAAUUCAAUUAAUUAGUUCAGAUAAAACAGUCUUAUUGAAUCUUAUGAUUAAAAAAUGUGUGCUUUUCAUUUGUAUUCUUUUAAAUAUAUAUUUAUUUUUUUUAUUACAGAAGGGACUGGUACUGAUGCUGCUGGAUGCUGGAUGCUGUUUAGACUGUAGAAUAUGUUAGUUUAAAAAUGUGAACAUGGGCUUGUGGCAUGGUAUUUGUACAUCAACACAUAACUCUGCAUGUUUUUUUUUUUCAUUUUGUGACUGCAUGAAAAUGACAAUCAUUCAAUCAGCCAGAAACACACAAUCUCACCUCUUUUACACUGUUUAUUAGUUAGAUAGACAUUUACCACUUUGCCUUAUAUUUGUUCCUUUUUUCCCCAACUGUUGGUUAUGAGGUUUCACAUUUAAUCUGUUUAAUAAUUUGCAUCAAACUACAGGGUGUUCCACUUAAUUUUAAGAUGCACCGUACUAAUUUGACAAUAACUGUUAAACUAACAAUGGCUGCUACCAAAAUAACAGAUUUUUUCAUGAAAUUAAUGUGCUGAACAAUGAAAAAAAAUAUAAGUAAAGCUAGCAGUAAUUACAUCUUUAGCCCAUGUCAGGUGGAUUUCUUAUUCGUUGUCUGUAAUGUAAAACCAAAGCAUUAAUAUUUUGCAAUUACCGCCUUAUUUGAGAUGAAGGGUUUGUUGUGUAGAUGCAGUGUGUUUGUUCAGCUUUAUAUCUUCACUUUUUUUUUCAUCCUCACGUCCAACGCUUCACAUUUAGUCUGUUACCACAACCUGAAAACAAGUCUUUGCCUUAAGUUAUUUUGUGUGUAACGUUUUUAUCACCUAUUUUCUUUUUGUGCAUUUUUACACAUGUGCAUUAAAUGUGUAUUUUGUGGGGGGGCUGAGUGAAUAAUAGUAGAUAAUAAAAUUGCUUACAAAGCU